CAAAAUAUGGGCCCUUGGGAGGAAGAUGUUAAUAUUUAUGGAGGACGAGAUUUACAAACUGGCUGCGAAGGGGGAACUUGGCUAGCAUUAUCGACUUGUCACAAAAAAGUAGGAUUAUUGCUUAAUUUGCCUGGAGUACAUAAGGAUAACGCCAAAAGCAGAGGUAAAAUUGUUGAAAAUUAUGUUAAAAGUGAUCUAGAAUUAAAUACUUAUGUUGAUUCUAUGAAAGAAUAUUUUCAAGAAUGCAAUGAAUUUGUAUUAGUUGCUGUUGAAUUUGGAAAUCUAGUACCUAUUGUACAAACCUACAAUAACGGGAAUAAUGAAUUAAAACAAUGGCAUGAUCAAUAUUUAGGCUUUAGUAAUAGCCUCCCAGAUCAGCCGUUAACAAAAGUGGUUGCUGGAAAGUGUAAAUUACAAGAUGCUUGCAAUAAAUAUAAGAAAAUAAAUGACAAAGACCAGUUAAUUGAAGAAUUAAUCAAUGUUUUGAAAUCUGAGGAAAGUAAUUUACCGGACCCACAAUUGGAACAACGAAGACCACUGAUUUUUAAAGAGCUAAGCUCAAUUUUUGUAAGAAUACCAAAGGCAAGAUAUGGCACCAGAGCACAUACUAUAAUUUUGUUAAGUAAAACUGGGGAAAUGCAUAUAAUUGAACUGAGCAUGGAAUCCCCAAUAGAUCCAUUGAGACCAUCCUGGGUAAGAGGUGAUUUUAAGGUUAAUAUAUAAGUAUAAAUUUUAUCAUAAUAUAAAUUUUAUUUUAAUGUUUGAUUAAAGACAUUGACUUGUAUGAACAAAAAAACACAUCAUAACACAUAUUGUGGCAAAAAAAUUGCUAAAAUUUCGUAGCAAAAGUCCAUUUUAAUAAAAUAUUUAUAAUGUUAUUUAUUUAAGAAAAAACUAAUAGAGAUAUAUAUAAUAUAUUUUGUAUGUUUUGUUACAAAGAGAUUUUACUGUUGAAGUUUCAUUGUUAUUGUUUCUAAUAAAAGAUAUAUUUACAACUGUUUAUU